AUGAGGUCUUUACGCACCUUCUCAGUAGUGGGCUGCCAUGCCGAAGGCGAAGUGGGCGAUGUCAUCGUGGGCGGCGUCCUGGACGCUCCUCCCAGUUGUAAGACAAUGUACGAGAAGAUGAUGUACUUCUGGACGCAGAGAGACGGGAUCCGAAGGAUGCUACUGCAAGAGCCCAGAGGACGGUCGUCAAUGUGCGCCAACCUCAUUCUGCCGCCUUGCGACCCACGAGCAGAUGCUGGCCUCAUCAUCAUGGAGAGUGACGAAUACGCCCCCAUGAGUGGGUCGAACACAAUAUGCACGGCGACGGUAUUGCUAGAGACGGGAAUGAUCCCCAUGCAAGAGCCCAUUACUCGGUUCAACCUCGACACCGCCGCAGGGUUGGUGGGCGUAACGGCAGAGUGCGAGGCGGGGAAGUGCAAGUCCGUGGCGUUUGACAAUGUCCCGUCUUUUGUCUUUGCUCUGGAUAAAGCCAUAGACGUGCCAGAUUUGGGAACAGUCUCGGUGGAUAUUGCCUGGGGCGGGAUGAUGUACGCCCUUGUUGAUGCAGGAUCAUGCGGGCUGACCAUUGCGAACCCCGACGCGUACAGACUUAUUGAAAUUGGCGAGAGGAUCAAGAAAGCUGUGCAGAAGCAGUACGUUCCCGUAUAUCCGGAGAACCCAGGUAUUCGAGGCGUCACAAAUUUUGUUUGGACUCAACCGCUCGAAACUGGUUCCGAUGGGAUCAAAGAAGCUCGGAACACUGUCGUCGUGUCUCCAGGAAGAUUCGAUAGAUGUCCUUGCGGAACAGGUACCUGUGCUCGCAUGGCGGUGCUGCAUGCCAGAGGCCAGCUUGAAGUGGGAGAGAUAUUCCGGCAUAAGAGCAUCAUUAGCACAGAAUUUAGCAACCAUAUUCGCGAUGUGACCAAGGUCGGCGAAUAUGAUGCAUUCUCCCAACAAUCAAAGGCAGAGGCUGGAUCACCAGCUUCAAGCAAAUCGUGCUGGACCCGACCGACCCGUUUCCGGAGGGCUUCAGGGUUGGCGAUCAGUGGCAUAUGCCAGCCGAGUCUUGACAGCGAAUACUUAGGGUCACAAAGGCCAAAGAGGUCCAUUACUUACCAUUAUGACGCUGCUCGGGGAAACGUGCCUUCCCUGCUCAAACAUGAAUUACUCCAAUAG